UUCCAAAUCAGCGUCGCAUUUCAGUUCGCUACUAUUUUUUUCGUGAAUCGGUUCAUGCAGUUUCGGUGAUUUUUUGUUUUGUUUUCGGGGGAAGCGUGUUCUAUUAUCCUGUUUUAAACUAGAACAGGAUGCACAUAAACCAAAAAUGAGUGUUUGAAACCAAAAAGUUGCGGUGAAAAAAAACUUAUCAGUUUCUAAAAAUCCACAUCCCAGAAAGGAUCCACAGUGGCAAGGUCAAACUAUUCUGCAUACAUUCAAUUGUGUGAUCUUUGAUACCAGUGCCCGAAAUGAGGAGUACUGUUGUAUUACUCACAUUGGUGGCCUCAUGUUACGCAGACAUUUCCACACUGCUUCGUGGGGGAUACUCACGAAAUGAUAUCUCCUUCGAUGGUUACCAUUACGACAAACCAAAGGUACCAUUCGAAACACCAACUCGCCCGCCGCCGCCGCCACCUCCUACGACGGAGAAAAAAUGUGCCAUAGGCGCUCAGAAUCCCGAUGGUAGCUGUGACUACCCAAAGCCAGCGCAAAGCUUCACUAUUCCUCAACGGCAAACAACUACAACCACCAGACCAACCACAACGACUACUCGUCGUACUACUACGACUACACGAAGAACAACUCCUGCUGUGGAAUACCUACUACCGACGACAACUACUAAGCGGACAACACCGACCACAACUACAACGACUACGCGAAGGACAACCACUACUGCGCGACCCACAACUAGGAAGCCGGAUUGCCCGCCAUCAUCUAGGAACCCAGAUGGAAGUUGUGGAUAUUCCUAUCCAAAACCCGAGCAGUCAUUUACGAUUCCACAGCGUGAAACGACGACAACGAGAAGGACGACGCCUACUACAACCACAAGGCUUACCACAACCACAACUCCCAGACCCACGACUAGAACCACGCGUCCAACAACGACAACUCGUCGAAUAACUACGACUCAAAGGAUAAUUCAAACAACGAACUGUGCACCAUCUCAGCAAAAUCCGGAUGGAUCUUGUGGAUACUUCUACCAGAAACCCGAACAAAGUUUCACACUUCCUCAAAAAGUAUCAACACGUUAUACUACUACAACCACUCGCCGAACUACUCCACCUGUGGAGUAUCUACCACCAAAAUCAACAACUACAACACCAAGACCGACCACAACUACUAGAAGAACAACCACGACUACUCGCCCCUCAACGACAACGCAGCGAUUGAUCCAGACCACCAAGUGUGCUCCAUCACAACAGAACCCUGAUGGAUCUUGUGGAUACUUCUACCAGAAACCGGAACAAAGUUUCACACUGCCACAAAAAGUAAGCACCACAACAACUACGAGAAGAACAACAACAACCGUAAGAACUACUACUCGGCCAACAACUACCACCACCCGUCGAACGACGCCUGCACAGGAGUAUUUGCCACCAUCGACAACGGCUAGAACUACAACGCGUCCCACCACGACCACUACGAGACGUACAACUACAACCACGCGUCCACCGACAACGACAACAAGGAGAAUAAUUCAGACUACGAAAUGCCCUCAAUCCCAACAAAACCCUGAUGGUUCUUGUGGAUAUUUCUAUGAAAAACCGGAGCAAAGCUUUACGCUCCCUCAAAAAGUAAGCACAACAACAACCACCCGUACGACAACUCGUCGAACAACUCCAGUGCAGGAAUACCUACCACCACCAACAACUACUAGAACAACCACCAGGCCUACAACAACUACGACAAGACCAACGACCACUACAACGCGACGUACCACUCCCUCUCAGGAGUAUCUGCCACCGUCGACCACUACAAGAACUACGACACGUCCUACCACAACAACCACACGCCCACCGACGACGACUCAACGUAUAAUUCAGACCACCAAAUGUGCUCCUUCGCAACAAAACCCCGAUGGUUCAUGUGGAUAUUUCUACGAGAAACCAGAGCAAACCUUUACGAUUCCUCAAAAAGUAAGCACUACUACAACUACCCGAACGACAGCGCGUCGUACAACUCCAGCGCAGGAGUAUCUUCCGCCAUCAACAACCACCAGGACAACCACAAGGCCAACAACGACCACGACAAGGAGAACUACUACGACCACAAGGCCAACAACAACAACUGUUAGAACAACUACCAGGCCAACAACCACUGCAACGCGACGUACCACUCCAGCUCAGGAAUAUCUGCCCCCUUCGACCACUACGAGGACAACGACGCGUCCUACCACAACCACUACGAGACGUACGACAACAACCACACGCCCACCGACAACGACUCAACGUAUAAUUCAGACCACCAAAUGUGCUCCUUCGCAACAAAACCCCGAUGGUUCAUGUGGAUAUUUCUACGAGAAACCAGAGCAAACCUUUACGAUUCCUCAAAAAGUAAGCACUACUACAACUACCCGAACGACAACGCGUCGUACAACUCCAGCGCAGGAGUAUCUUCCGCCAUCAACAACCACCAGGACAACCACAAGGCCAACAACGACCACGACAAGGAGAACUACUACGACCACAAGGCCAACAACAACAACUGUUAGAACAACUACCAGGCCAACAACCACUGCAACGCGACGUACCACUCCAGCUCAGGAAUAUCUGCCCCCUUCGACCACUACGAGGACAACGACGCGUCCUACCACAACCACUACAAGACGUACGACAACAACCACACGCCCACCGACAACGACUCAGCGUAUAAUUCAGACCACCAAAUGUGCUCCUUCGCAACAAAACCCCGAUGGUUCUUGUGGAUAUUUCUAUGAGAAACCGGAGCAAAGUUUUACGCUUCCUCAAAAAGUAAGCACAACUACAACUACCCGAACGACAGCCCGUCGAACGACUCCAGCGCAAGAAUAUCUUCCCCCAUCAACAACCACCAGGACAACCACAAGGCCUACAACAACUACGACAAGGAGAACUACAACGACUACAAGGCCAACAACAACAACAACUACCAGGACAACAACCACUACAACGCGACGUACCACUCCCGCUCAGGAAUAUCUACCCCCUUCGACCACUACGAGAACAACGACGCGUCCUACCACAACCACUACGAGACGUACGACAACAACCACACGUCCACCGACGACGACUCAACGUAUAAUCCAGACCACCAAAUGUGCUCCUUCAAAUCAAAACCCUGAUGGUUCAUGUGGAUAUAUUUAUCAGAAACCAGAGCAAAGCUUCACGCUUCCUCAAAAAGUAAGCACUACUACAACUACCCGAACGACAACACGUCGAACGACUCCAGCGCUGGAAUACCUACCACCAUCGACGACCGCCAGGAUAACCACAAGGCCUACAACCACUACCACAAGGCAAACUACUACAACUACAAGACCUACAACAACAACUGUCAGAACUACGAGGCCAACAACUACAGUUCCUCGUCGAACUACUCCUGCUCAGGAAUAUCUACCGCCAUCAACAACAAGGAGAACAACCAUAACAACGACUCGCCCAACCACAACAACACGUAGAACAACCACGACCACUCAAAGAAUCAUACCGACCACAAAGUGUCCACCAGACCAACAAAACCCUGAUGGAUCCUGUGGUUACGUAUACGAAAAACCUGAACAAAGCUUCACGCUUCCUCAAAAAGUAAGCACAACCCGGACUACCCCCACAACUACCAGAACCACAACCCGUCAAACCACGCCGGCCCAAGAAUAUCUUCCACCUUCCACGACCCGGCAAACCACCACUCGGCCAACGACUACUACAACCCGGCCACGGCCUACCACAGCUGCUCCAGAAUAUUUGCCUCCAGAGCAAAGCACCGGUUAUUCUUAUCCGAAACCUGCCAUACCAUUCAACUUUUAACAACUACCAAAAGCCAACUAAUAACUGAUCAAGUUUAGGAACAAUACGCUCCAACAGCCAUUAUCUUGUACAUAAGUAGGACUAUUUAGUAUUAGAUAUUGUUUUCGCCUUACUUUUUCUAAAAAAAAACUAUCUUUCUAGUGCUUUUCUUUGAACUUUUGCUACAAAGCGGUUUAUAUUUAGUGUCACGAGACAGUCACAUCGUCUUUUUUCAUAAAAAGUUCUAAGCAAGGGCAGAUGCGUUUCUAGUACAAACAAAUUUUCUUGUGCGUUAGAUGUUAUAAAGAGAGAUCCAUAGAAUGAACCUCAACACUGCCCUACAUACUGCACAAAACUGUACUGUUGACUUGACUACAUUACAUGCAAGCUAUAGUUUGUAAGUUUUCGUUCACGGCUGAUGACUACGGCAAAGGCGGGGCAGCUAAGACGACGAUGGGAACGAACGACAAACGUCAGAAGAUGAUAAGAUUCAUAUGACGUUCGUAAUGAUGAUGCUUGGUAAAAGGACGUCCGCAUAGUUGUUGUUUUUAGGCACAGUAACUCGUUACCAAGCAGCAAUGCUACAAAAUAAUACUCAAUAGCAAUAGUUAUAAAAAAAUUAUUUCGACCUUGUAGUGUUGAACACCGGUGUGGACGAAAAAGCGGCAACGACGAAGAUACAUUUUAGUAAAUAAAAAAUUUUAGUAAAUAAAAUAAAGAAUUAUUAA